UUGUCAACUGUGCAUGUCAUUUUAUUAAGAGCCAGUUUCCUUCUAUGUUUCCCCAUAGGGGUGUCUGUUGUUGAAGUACUUGUUAUAAUCAUUUUUUGUUCUAGCCAUGUAACAUGUGCUGACUGUUUUUUUCUUGGUCAGAUUCUUGGUUAUGGAGCUUUGGCAAGAUUAGUGAAGAUGGGUUAUUCCACUUCGGCAAAAGAAGCUGCAAAGGCAAUGUAUGCUAUAUCGGCUUUAAUCAGAAAUAACGUAAAUGGUCAGGAGGCAUUCGCUUUGGAAAAUGGGAACGCAAUGCUGCAGCACAUCUUGGGAAGCAACAGUGUUGAUGUUGGGCUUCAGAAGAAGGCAGUGUUUUUAUUAACAGAUCUAGCGGACUUUCAGCUAAAUUCUGGAAACUCAGGGCUCACUUUCUUAAGUGAACGCUUUUUGCUGAAGUCAGUCACUGAUAUGUUAUCAGAGUUUGAUCUUGACCUUCAAGAAAAGGUUUUGUUGGCCAUUAGGAGCCUACUGAAGCUUCCCUCGACAGACGCUAGGGACUUCAAGUCAUGCGGUCUAGACAGUGUUCUGUACAGACUGGGGGUGCAGCUGGAGGAGCUGCCUUCAGAGGAACAGAAGGAGUAUGCCAGGGAGGUUGACGCCCUCCGAAGAGAAGUAUUGAUGUUCUUCGAACAGAAGCUCAAGCCGGGUACCGCUGCCGCGGCGGUGUCAUAG